AUGUACAAAAGUGUCCAGUGCCAGAUUCACGGGGAUUUCAUCCGGGUUCUGCCGAAUGAGUUAAAUGUGAUGGGUUCACCCUGGUCGUUCCCCGCUUGUGGCGUGGAUGUGAUUGGACCUAUAAAGCCUGCUACAUCAAAUGGGCAACGCUUCAUCUUGGUAUCAAUCAACUACUUCACCAAAUGGGUCAAAGCAUCAACCUACAAGGCCGUCACAAAGAAGGUAGUGGUGGAUUUUGUCCGAAACAACAUCGUUUGCCAAUUUUGGAUACCAGAGUCAAUCACCAACGACAACGCUGUUAACUUCAAUAGCGACCUUAUGAGAGAAAUGUGCGAGAAAUUUAGGAUCGUCUACCGUAAAUCCACAGCUUACAGAUCGCAAAUGAAUGGGGCAGUCAAGGCAGCCAACAAGAAUACCAAGAGGAUCCUGCGAAAGAUAAUGGAAUAUCAUAGGCAAUGGCACGAGAAACUGUCCUUCGCCUUACUAGGUUAUCCGAAAACCAUGAGAACAUCCACCGGGGCAACGCCGUAUAUGUUAGUAUACAGCAAUGAAGCUGUGAUACCCGUAGAGGUCGAGAUACCAUCUUUGAGAGUCAUUCAAGAGGCGAAGUUGGAUGAUGCAAAGUGGAUACAGGUCAGACAGCAGCAAGUCAUGCUCAUCGACGAAAAGAGAAUGGAUGCAGUAUGCCACGGUUAG